UCCAGGAUGGAUCUGGAGGAGCCCCAACAGUUGGGCAUGUUCGUCGAGAGCGAACUGAUGUCGGUGGGGAUGGACACUUUCAUCCACCGCAUUGACUCGACGGAAGUGAUUUAUCAGCCCCGCCGGAAACGGGCCAAGCUGAUAGGGAAAUACUUGAUGGGGGACUUGCUUGGCGAAGGAUCGUAUGGCAAGGUCAAGGAGAUGCUGGACUCUGAAACCCUCUGCAGGAGAGCAGUCAAGAUCCUGAAGAAGAAGAAGCUGCGUCGGAUCCCCAAUGGGGAAGCAAAUGUUAAAAAGGAAAUACAGCUCCUACGGCGGUUGCGGCACAAAAACGUCAUCCAGCUCGUCGAUGUGUUGUACAACGAAGAGAAGCAGAAGAUGUAUAUGGUGAUGGAGUACUGUGUAUGUGGCAUGCAGGAGAUGUUGGACAGCGUCUUGGAUAAAAAGUUUCCAGUCUUUCAAGCACACGGGUACUUUUGUCAGCUAAUAGAUGGCUUGGAGUACCUGCACAGCCAAGGGAUCGUCCACAAAGACAUCAAACCAGGGAAUCUCCUGCUAACAACUGAUGGGACGCUGAAGAUAUCCGAUCUGGGUGUGGCAGAGGCAUUGCAUCCGUUUGCCGAGGACGACGUGUGCAGGACCAGUCAGGGGUCGCCAGCUUUCCAGCCUCCAGAAAUCGCCAAUGGCCUUGAUACCUUCUCUGGCUUCAAAGUGGACAUUUGGUCAGCAGGGGUCACUCUAUACAACAUUACAACCGGCCUUUAUCCCUUCGAGGGGGAUAAUAUUUAUAAGUUAUUUGAAAACAUCGGGAAAGGGGACUACACGAUUCCCGAGGAUUGUGGUCCUCCGCUGUCGGAUCUACUUAGAGGAAUGCUUGAAUACGAUCCAGCCAAGAGGUUUUCAAUACAACAGAUAAGACACCACAACUGGUUUAGAAAAAAACACCCGCAGUCUGAGCCUCUGGUCCCCAUCCCCCCCAGCCCGGAGACCAAGGACAGGUGGAGGAGCAUGACGGUGGUCCCUUACCUGGAAGACCUGCACGGCUACAACGAGGAGGAGGACUUGAAAGAGGACUACUUGGAGGAUGAGAUCAUCUAUACUCAGGACUUCCCAGUGCCAGGACAGGUGCCCGAGGAAGACGCCAGGCAAAAUGGGCAGAGUCGCAGCAGAGGGCUACCCAAGCCGGUGUGCAUGAACGGGACAGAGCCCGGGCAGCUGAGCGGUAAGACGAAAGUCGAGAGGCGGGCCAGCGCCUCCUCCAACCCCUCCCGCAAGGCCGCCUCCGCCAGCAGCAAGAUCCGCAAACUUUCGACCUGCAAACAGCAGUGACCCCAGGGUGUUCGCCCACCGCAGCUGGCCCCGCACCGUCUGCUGUCCUCGGCUGCCACCGUCCUCGCCUCCGUCUCUCUGCCGGUAGGGGAUGAUCAGUAGAACACGCUUACAAUCAAAAGUUCAAAAGAAAACCAA